CCAAUGCAGACCUCGAACUUACGACCCUGAGAUCAAGAUCUGAGCAGAGAUCAAGAAUCGGAUGCCCUACCCACUGAGCCACCCAGGCAGCCUCCCCCCUCCCCACCCCCAUUUGUCUGGGUAUGAGCCCUUGAACCCCAUUUGUCAGGUCAGGGUCUUGGGGAGCAUGAAUUAUAAUGAAGAAACAGGAAGCCAAGCCCUCGGUGCUGUCUUAGGUGGACCCACUGGGUACUGGUUGGGUAGGGGGGGCUGACUGCUCCGGUGGUCAGAACUUGGCUCUUUAGUCAACCCCAUCGGGAGAUCAAAUACUGCGUAGAAGUUGUUGUUACCAGAGGGCGAAAGACAAGGUUCCAGCCCCACCGAGGAAGGGGUGUAGGUGAUGUUUGUGGGGCCCCGGGUGAGCUCACAGCCGCCCUUCCUCUUCCCAGUUAUUUUUGGUCUCUGUGACCUGUGGGUUUCCUGCUGGUGAAAACAGAAGCAACAGGAACUGAGUCCCCACUGCAGAAAUGAACGCCCGCAGUCCAACAGCCUGUCCUUCCCCUGGUCUCUUCCGGGGCCUCGGAGACCUCCGGGAUCCAGGCAUGUAGCUUCUAGCGUCCUCGGGCGCUCGGGCAGGUGUCUUCGUCUGACACUCUCAUCUCAGAACCCCUGCGCCCACCGGGCGACCUGGCCUUGCAGCAAGGCCCCUCGUUGAGCAAGUGGGUGUCUUCCUCUCCCGAACCAGUUCACCCACCACCUUCCCGCACGAAACUGCCAACGGGAGGGUCUUGGUGCGGAAACCGCACGGAUAAAAGUGGGCGGGAGACGCAACGGCCUCCCCGCACAUCCCCGAGUCCCCGUGGGGCCCACCCGGUAGGCCGCCUCGGGUCCCCUCUUUACGCAUGCGCCCCACUCGCUGUCCGGGUCCGGGACGCGGCUCUAAGCCCCGCCCCGCCCUUCUGGCCCCACCCCCCGUGGCCCGGAGUCGCGCGUCCCCACCAGCGAGCCGUGCCCGGGGGUGCCGGCCGCGGUGGCCGCGUAGCUGACACUUCCAGUGACAAGAGCGAUAACCCACACGGGGGCUGGCGCGCCGCAGGGCUGGGCCCGCACCCGGGGCCGCCUCGCGGCUCCUCCGCUGAACGUCGGGCCCCCGCGCGGGCCCGUCCCGCCCCGGCCUCGACCCGCCGCGCGCUGCCCGCGGAGCCACGCCCCCGGGCGCCGCUCGCCCGCCCUCCCCACCUAGGUCGCCCCCCUAGGGGAGAGGCGCAGGCGCCUCAAGCAGCCUCCCAGCCGCUUAAAAGCCCUCGUCGGUGCCUUCCUCUUUAGCAGCCUGCCCUCCGCAGGCUGGGCGGCUCGCGGGGCGGAGGUGGAGCGUCCCCGCGCCCUGCUCCCGCCCGGGCGGCGCGCCCUGGCUGCAGCCGCGUCCCCUCCCCGAUGGCGCGCAGGGCCGAGCCCCCCGACGGGGGCUGGGGGUGGAUGGUGGUGCUGUCCGCCUUCUUCCAGUCGGCGCUGGUGUUCGGGGUGCUCCGUUCUUUCGGCGUCUUCUUCGUGGAGUUAGUGGCGGCGUUUCAAGAGCAGGCGGCGCGGGUCUCCUGGAUCGCCUCCAUAGGGAUCGCCGUGCAGCAGUUCGGGAGCCCCGUGGGCAGCGCCCUGAGCACGAAGUACGGGCCCAGGCCCGUGGUGAUGGCUGGGGGCAUCUUGGCUGCGUCGGGGAUGCUGCUCGCCUCCUUUGCUACCUCCGUGACCCACCUAUACCUGAGCAUUGGGCUGCUGUCAGGCUCUGGCUGGGCCUUGACCUUCACUCCGACCCUGGCUUGCCUGUCCCGUUACUUCUCUCGGAGGCGAUCCCUGGCCACGGGGCUGGCACUGACCGGCGUGGGUCUCUCCUCCUUUGCCUUUGCCCCACUUUUCCAGUGGCUGGUCAGCCGCUACGCCUGGCGGGGGGCACUGUUGCUGGUGUCUGCCCUCUCCCUCCACCUGGUGGCCUGCGGGGCACUCCUCCGCCCACUCUCCCUGACGGAGGACCCUGCUGUGGGCGGCCCUGGGGCCCAACUCUCUUCCCUCCUCCGCCACGGCCCCUUCCUUCGUUACACUGUGGCCCUCACCCUGAUCAACACUGGCUACUUCAUCCCCUACGUGCACUUGAUGGCCCAUCUCCAGGACCUGGACUGGGAGCCUCUGUCUGCCGCCUUCCUCCUCUCGGUGGUGGCUGUGUCUGACCUCGUGGGACGCGUGGCUUCUGGGUGGCUGGGGGACACCGCCCCAGGACCUGUGGCUCGACUCCUAAUGCUUUGGACCACCCUGACCGGGGUGUCACUGGCCCUGUUCCCCGUGGCUCGGACUCCCACGGCCCUGAUGGUUCUGGCCGUGGCCUAUGGCUUCACAUCAGGGGCCCUGACCCCCGUGGCCUUCUCCGUGUUGCCUGAACUGGUGGGCACUGGAAGGAUAUACUGUGGCCUGGGACUGGUGCAGAUGGUAGAGAGCAUCGGGGGGCUGCUGGGGGCCCCUCUGUCAGGCUACCUCCGAGAUACGACAGGCAACUACACAGCUUCUUUUGUGGUGGCCGGGGCCUUCCUUCUCGUGGGGAGCGGGAUUCUCAUCACGCUGCCUCACGUCUUCUGCUUCUCGGCCUCUGCCUCCAAGCCCCAGGACCCCAAGACGGAUGCAGUGGAUACCAAGGUCUCUCUCACCAAGGAAGGGCUGCAGGAGGACUGAACUCUGCAAAGGGACUGUCAGACCCAGAAAGCCAGAGGGCGCAAGCUCUCAGGGCCUUCUGUCCCAUCCUGGUGCCCACAGAACCGCAGUGCCCAAGAACGAGGCCUCUUGGCCCGCCUCCCCCCGGGGCAGUGUGUUGCCUGUGCCAACCUUUCUUGUCUCGUUGAGGACUCGUAGCUCUUCCUUGCUCCCACGACCUUUCCUGGAGGAUCCCGGAGCUCAGCCUGCUCCCCUGUGCUGUGAAUCAGCCGUGAACACCCAAAGCCAAGAUCUUCACGUGCCUUACACGAGAUUUCUACUUUGCUGCCCUUCCAGCUUUCUUCUCUGAAGACCGAUGUUUGGGAGAGAGGGAAGCCCUUCUGAGAUAAACCUAAAGAAGGAAACUGGAUAAUAAUGAGAACCUCACAAAGA